UUGAAUUUGUUUCGGGAAGACGUGAACAUUCUGUGAACCUUUGUUCAUUUUAUCCAGUUGAAUUCGAUUCGCUGAUCAGUUAAGACGCAUCGUCAUCAUUCGCUCUGCAAUUUUAAAUUUUUAUUCAGUUUAUUUUAACAAACUAAGUGGUUUGAACGCUAUAUUCAUUUGUUUUGAGCAAAUUUGAAACUUAAUUUUCGAAAUAGAAAGAUGUCGGCUCCAAAAUUAGAAGACUUACCAAAAGUAGCAGUUGAUCUGAAAACUCAAUUGGAGGAGUUCAGUACUGAUAAGCUAAAGGAUACAGUUACCAACGAAAAGAUCGUUCUUCCAACAGCAGAAGAUGUGGCCACUGAAAAGUCACAGCAAGACUUGAUUCAUGGCAUCGAAGGUUUCGACGCUUCGAAGUUAAAGCAUGCACAAACUCAAGAGAAAAACCCAUUACCGGAUAAAGAUGCAAUCGAGCAAGAGAAGGAAAAAUUGAAUUUCAUCAAUGGAAUCGAGAAUUUCGACUCCAAGAAAUUGAAGCAUACUGAAACCUUGGAGAAGAAUCCAUUGCCAACCAAAGAGGUCAUCGAAGAAGAGAAGCAAGCAUAAGCAUUUGGCUUAAAUGAUCAAUCCAUGGUCCAUUUCAUAAUAAUUUUACAUUACUUAUUGCAAGACAUCAUGAUUUCAUAUGAAAUAUUUUAAUUAUUAAUCGAAAAUUCCGCCCGGUGCAUACAAUAGACUUUGUUUCCAAUAUUUUGUGAUGAAAACUAAAAAAAAAACACUCAAAUAUCAGGUUGAAAAGCAACACACAGUGUAUGUGAUAAGUUUUGUUUUUAAACAUCUCUCAGUCGAUCCAUCAAAGUAACUUUCAAGCAAUUUUCUUAAUUUCAUGCAAGGAUUUGAACAAAAACGAAUAAUUUUUUUUAUUGAUUACGUAAUGAAAGAUAAAAUCUGAAAUGUAUUAAAAUAAGAACAAAUCAACGCUCAGAUGUAAUACAGAAGCAAAGUGAUGUCACACAUUUCCAUUCAACAUUUAUGAUGAAAGAUUUUUUUUUUCAAUUCUUGUCCGACAUUUACGAUUCAUUUUCAAUACGAUAACAUUGGGGAAGUGAUUCAUGACUACGCCAAUUUAUCGGUCAGACAAAAGUGUUUCACUCUCUUUUUGUUUCUGUUCAAUGCAUUCAAUUAUUCUAGAGAAGAGCGAUAAAUCAAGAUAAGAAGCAAUUUAACAAUUUUAACAUUUAUAUUUAUACAGUGUAUUCAGAAUAAAAUGGAACCAUUUUAAAAAUGCCAAAUCUAA